AAUAGCUGAUGUUAGGUUAAGUGAUUGUUUUUGAUGUGAUGCUUAGCGAAUGCACGCAAAGUUAAACAAAUAGAAAGGACGCAACUGGUCCCGCUAAAUAAAAUAUUAAAUAUUACUUUAUUCUUGGUUUCCUUUUUGUGAUUAACGUACAUUGCGAUAUUGAAUGGUAUAUUUCAACAUCUUGCCAACAAUGAGACACAACACUAUCGUUCUAACGUUCUCCACCUGCCUUUUCCUUGUCAGGGAAGAGUUAUUAAUGGCACGUCUUUGAUAAGGUUUGACAAAUUUAUGUCACCUAUGCACGUUAUUGUGACGCUUAUGAAGCAUCAAAGAUGGUUACCGUACAAGAUAUUGGUCUACAACUUACAAAAUCAGUGAAAGAAUUAGCUGAAUGGAACUUCCCCUUCUCACAAACCUUGGAGAGAUAUUGUUCCUUGUUUAAUACAACGUCGAACAAGAGUUUCGGCGAAGCCGGACUCGUCCUGCAAAGCUCUACAGCCGUGUACGUGCAUAGAGUCGACUCCCUCUGGCAUAAAAUUGAAUAUUUUAGAGAUAUAUUCUCGACUUACGAGCACGAAGAAGUGACGAAGAAUACCACCAAGAAGAAGGAUAGGAGGUCGGAUGUGCGCUUCCAAGAAUACAAAACCAUCAUCUUUGACGGUGACCUAGAUAAGAAUAUCGAUAUCAAAAGAAAUCCUGCGAUGCACGAUGCUGUUAAAUCAAAGAGCCGUCGGUUCACUCAGUUGGAGAAAGGUAUCGCGCAACAUAUCUCUACUGACAUUUGCGAUGUAAAUGGAGAAGCUAUUGGAAAGAAAUACGAUUUUCAAUGCAAUCAAAAUACAAGUACGGACAGGGUGGUGCUGGUUAACGAAUUUGCGUCUCAAGAUUUCUAUUGUCGCGAUGACUCGGCUCGAGAAAAAUCCCCGCUGAGCUCGAGUCGCUCGCGCGUUUCCGAGUCUCUGGAAUCUUCGUUCAAUACUUUAGUAGCAGAUUCCACCGUACACGAUGACGAGAAUAAUGACGACGACGAUGAAAAUAACGAUGAUCCGGCGGAAGAUAAUUCUGAACUGGUCUCGUCGUUCGACUUGAGUCAACAAGAUCUCUGUUUAUCUAGGAACACCAAUGACAACACACCUAUGGAGACGAUGGACACUUUGAGUGAUACUUGCCACAAUGUGAAUCUCUCUUUGAGUGAAACCUGCCUAAUUACACCUAGCACUACAAACUCGCCAAUAGCAACGACCAUCGACAACGCCAUUUUGCCGAAUAAUAAAACUUCCGACACUAUAUGUAUGAACAACAAUAUCAAGAAGAAUUUAGAUGUUUGCAGUCUGCUAGAUAGCCCACCCGAGUCGAUACAUUCAAAAGAAAGAACCUCAUCAACGGAUGAUUCGACAAAUUUACAAAACGAUGCAAAUGAGGAGCAGUCGAACGCAAAAUUGCACAUUGAUGCUAUAGAAAGUACUCCGAAUCGUAAUAGGGGAAGUAAAACUCGAGCGCGUUCUACUGUCAAAUCUACGUCGAAAUCGUUGAAGCGAAAAUUGUUGGUGCCGCAGAAGCGGAACGUGAAGAGAAGAAUCCUCGCGCAUACCUUCGAGGAACCGAAUCCCUCGCAUGCAGAUGGACCAAAUAUGUUCAAGCAAAAUUUGCGUACCUGUUUAAAAUACAUACGGGAACACGAUCCCCUGCAGUACGACGAUGUGACGAACGUAACGUUGGACUGCUUGGGAUUCCGAUUGCGCGUUAACACCGAAUCCGACGCGAACGCGAACGAUGAUGUAACGACGACCUCAAAUGACGACGCGGCCUCCGAGUUUUACAGCCCGGAGCCUGUCGGCGUGUCGCCUCCGCCCGACGAAAAUUUCUGCGACACCUGGUUCCGAUCGAACUCGUCGAGUUUCUUGCCGGAAAACGUUGACCGGUGGCACGAGCUAAUGCAGCCGAAACUGCGCGAGUUCGAUGCAAUCGAGAACUUUUGUCGUUCGUCUGCGAAAUACUGCCCGCCAGGUCUUCCUGGCACGCCGGGAAAUCCGGGCCCACGUGGUGAACCAGGACUACCGGGUAUUCAGGGCGUUAUGGGACCGACGGGUCCAUCUGGACCACCUGGUCAUCCUGGUGUCAGAGGACCCAAAGGUGACAUUGGACCACCAGGUUUCGACGGAAGGGAUGGUAUACCGGGUGAGCCCGGUUUGGACGGCAUUCCGGGCAGAAAUGGUUUCGACGGUUUACCCGGGGCUAACGGUAAAGCGGGCAUCAAUGGAUCGCCGGGAUUGUCUGGAAGAAAUGGAACAGACGGAAGACCCGGACAAAUGGGGCCUCAAGGACCACCAGGUCUUCGCGGAGAGGUAGGUCCACCCGGCCGGCCGGGAGCGUCGGGUAAGGAUGGCGAACCAGGUAUACAGGCAUGGAAGGUGAAUAUCAAUGAUCACAGUCUCACUGAUAUAUUAAUACCGCCAUCCAUUGUAGAAUUUACACCGCCGUUAAACACAAGCAACGUGAUUUCCGUGCAAGAAGGCAGUAACAUACGGCUCAGAUGUAUCGCGAGUGGAAAGCCACAACCUAUUAUACAAUGGACCAAAAUAGACGGUUCCAUGAUACCCAUGGGUACCUGGCGAGUGAAUUCGGUUAACGGCAGUACGCUCAAUAUCAGUGUAGUGAACCGGGAACAUAUGGGCGUGUACGCGUGCAACGCUGAUAACGGGAUAUUGCCGGCAAAAUCUAAAAAAUUCAAUCUUCAAGUAAGAUUUUCGCCGUUUAUUCGUAUACGCAACAAUAUAGUUCUCGUACGAAAUCAAAGUCCAGCGACAUUAGAAUGUGAGGUAGAGGCCUUUCCUGAAGCAAUAGUAUACUGGGAACGUAUACUGGGCGACGGUCGCCGUAUAAAAAUAACGGAUAGACAUAGAACAGAAGUUUACGACAAACGCGAUAAUUACAAGUUGAAGAUGAAGCUGAGGAUUACGAGAGUGACUGCGGCAGAGCAUGGGAUUUAUUAUUGUGUGGCGAGAAACGAUCUGAACGUCACCAAGGGAUCCUUUAUUGUAGAUGAUGACUUAAAGGAUAUAGAGAGAAUGAAGUUAGGAAAGGAGAUUCAUAUUACGUAUGGCCAACCCAUGCCUCCGAGUGUCGACCAAGAACAAGAAUUAUGCAAGACGCAAGAAACGUGCGUAAUGUGUCCAAAGUGUCCAUACACGGAUAUAACAAAUGUGUACGUGCAACCGUUAAUAUCUAAAGAUAUCAACGCAACGCAUCCGCCACCAUCAGUAACUGAAGGUUUGAUAGAAGCCGUGGGAAAGCCAGUGCUGAAAGGAAAUAUGGACGACUAUUACGGAAGUUGGAUGCACGACACAUACCGUCACGAUAUGCCAGAUAGACUCUGGGUCACUCGCAAUAAUGACACGUUCUACAUCUAUGAGUAUAGAUCGAAGGAGAAUUUCAAGAACGAGACGCCUAAUCAGAUAAAGUUGCCCUAUUCCUUUCAGGGCAAUGGACAUGUAGUUUACAACAAAUCAUUCUUUUACAAUCCUCAAAAUCGACCGACGGUUUUACGAUUCGAUCUUUCUCCGUCCUCGAAUAACGGAUGCCACCAAAUACCAAGUACCAAGUAUCUUAACAAAUGCGAAAUACAACUUCCGGACUUGAAUGUCAAUACUCAAAACUUUCUAUAUACACACAAUUUUACUUAUGUAGAUUUCAAUGUAGAUGAAAACGGUUUAUGGGUUAUUUACGGAUUAUCAUCCAAUAAUACGGCAGUUGUGAAAAUAGACCCUGUGGAUAUGACCAUGCAGUACGGAUGGAACAUCAGUAUCAAUCAUCAUAUAUUUGGGGAGAUGUUUAUCGCGGGAGGCAUGCUCUAUGCUGUACAUAGUGUCACUGAAGACACUAUGAAAAUACGGUUCGCUUAUAAUUUGUACAAUAACACUACGUUAAAUAUGCACUUGUCGUUCACAAAUCCGUACUACAAGACCACGGCUGUUAGCUACAAUCAUAAAACCAAGGAACUCUACACGUGGAACAAGGGCAACCAAUUGGCCUACCCAGUAAAAUAUCGCGAGGAAUUAGCAGGAGUCAACUGAGGCAACUAAGAAAGAAUUGUCCUCGGUACGGUGUACGAUGUACGAUGUACGCUUGUACAUGGAAAUGGAAAAUAAGCAUUUAUCGCAUUUAUUUAUAGCGGGAACGUUAAUUAAUCAUACCUAAUGCAUAACGAAUUCUUCUCAUUAUUCUUCGAAAUCCUGAGUGUCUUUUUAUCCUGUAUGCGCGCCAAAAAUAAAACUUGAAUAAUAUCUAGUAACAUGUGCGCAAUGAGUAAUUGUUUGUCGACCAACAUAGAAUUGUGUUUAGGCAUUAAAGGCAAGUCACUUUUUUCCACACAUUUUCUCGUAGUUCUCAUGUAAGCCAUGAAUAUCAUAUAUAAUUAUAAUAGAAUUGUAUUUUUAAACGCGAGAUUAUGUAUCAUAAAUAAACAUAAUAAAACGGAAGUACUAUACGAGAAGUAUUAUACGAGAAGUAA